GUUAGGCGGGUGUAGAAGGCAUAGAAGCACAUUUAAUUUCGCACGUUGCUACACACAGUCGCUCAUUACGUUUGGCGUACUGCUACCGCUCAUUUGGCUCCCUUCGAAAUGACCGCGUUCUAAUCUUAAAUUGUGAUUUAAAAAAGAACAAUAAUCAAGAUGGCCAGAAUUAUUUUGAAAAAGUUUGAUGUGAUCCCAGCGAGGCUCAAUCUGUGGGUGAUGUUAUUCACGAGUUGCUGGGUGGCGUACAUGUUGCGUGUGAACAUAAGCCUCAAUCUAAUUGCCAUGGUGCCUCAAACGUCACACAAUUCUUCUUCGACAUCACAAUGCGGAGCUAAAGACGACGUGGUCAGGAAUACUAGUUUGCAGCACGUAGACAUAGCUGAUGUUAGAGAGGUGCCCAGACAGGUUCCAGGAGGUGCAUCUUUUGAUUGGACUGCUGAUCAACAAGCACUUAUCCUUGGCUCAUACUUUUGGUGCUACCCGCUGACAUCUUUGGCUGGAGGAAUGGCUGCUGAGCGAUGGGGUCCUCGAUUAGUAGUCUUCGUCACUUCACUAGCAAGCGCAGUGCUAACUGCAUUAAGUCCUGUGGCUUCAUCCUGGAAUUAUCUGGCACUAGUUGUUAUUAGGUUCUUCCUGGGAUUUGCUUCAGGAUUCAUAUAUCCAGCCCUUCAUGUGUUGGUAGCCCGGUGGGCUCCACCUGCGGAAAAAGGAAAGUUUGUUAGUGCCACGAUGGGCGGUACAUUAGGGACAGUUGUUACUUGGUCUUUGACUGGACCUCUUAUAGAAAAGUUUGGCUGGGAGUCAGCGUUUUAUGUGCCAGCCGCAUUAACAUUUGUUUGGUGCUUUUUCUGGUGGUACUUAGUUGCUGAUACACCCUCAGAGCAUCCAAGGAUAUCGGUAAAAGAGAAGAAUUAUAUUUUAGAUGCUCUAGGAGACAAGGUUAAAAAGUCUAAGGGCCUGCCGCCUUUUAAGAGCAUUGUCAAGUCAUUUCCCUUUCUGGCUAUGAUAGUUUUGCAUUAUGGAAACCUAUGGGGAUUGUACUUUAUAAUGACUGUUGGUCCAAAAUUUGUGGCAAGCGUUUUAGGAUUUGAAUUAUCAGCUGCGGGCGUAAUAUCCGCUUUACCAUACCUCGCUAGGCUGGUGAUGGCAACAAUUUUUGGCUUUAUUGGAGAUUUUAUAUUAGCACGAAAAUUAUUGACAACGACGGUUAUUCGAAAAUUCUUCUGUCUUUUUUCACAUAUUUUGCCUGGAUUAUUGUUGCUCUGCUUGAUUUAUGCCGGAUGCUCGACAACCCUAUCAGUGGCUUUAAUAACUAUGUCAAUGGGCUUCAACGGAGCUGCUACGUUAACAAAUUUACAAAAUCACCAAGACUUAGCUCCGAGUUAUGCUGGAACUUUAUAUGGAAUUGCUAAUUGCAUCGGUAGCACGGCUGGGUUUUUUACACCUAUGAUAACUGCAUAUUUCACAAGGAACGGAAACGGCUUCGAACAAUGGAGACCAGUCUUUUAUAUAGGGGCGUCAGUAUAUGUUGUUUCUGCCGUAUUUUUUAUCUUCUUCGGCACCGGUAACAUUCAAGAUUGGAAUUUUGCGGAAAAUACAAAGGAAAGUAAAGACGAUAAAAACAACGACUUAAAAGAAAUGAACGGGAUAACGACACGAACCGGUGAUGCCAAAGAUGCGAAAGAUACUCCUUUAAGCGUAAUCUCAUAAGGUGUGAGUUUUGUAACAAUGUAAUACAUCACUAGAUACAGUAUCGUAACUCUUCAAGGGCUAAGCAUGUAUAUUUGCGAUGACGUAAAUAGUGGAUGAUGUAGAAGUGUUUAGACGGUAAGUUAAAUAAAUAUGAAAAUAUCCAUCCGUCCAUAGCAUGGUGGUAAGUUUGAAAUUACUGGUAUUAAUUAAUGACAUUAUUUCGUAUCGUGUGGUUUAUUAUUUAAAAUAAUAAAUUAGGUGUACUAAUGAAAUAUUCGGCUAAUAAAUUUUAAUUUAAACAUAAUAAAUAUGUUAGGCGCGUACCUUACUGUUAUCUGUGAUUUGUUAGUGAUAAAAUGGAAACCCUCUUGGAAGUGACAGGGAUACAACAUUCAUUGUUUAUUUUUGACCAUUUGUUUUAGUAUAAGUAAAUUUGCAUUUGUUUAUUAAGAUUUUGUAUGUUAUUUUUGUUUUUAAAGGUGCCUUUUAAAAUUUACAUUGAAAGCUUAGAAAUUAUAUUAAUUGGCUAAUAUCAUCAAAUUUGUGUGCGUUUGAAUUAACGUAUGAUUGUCAUCGUCAUCAGCCCACAAUCGUACACUGUUAGACCUAUACCAAUCCACAUCAUUGAGCCCGGUCGCUAAUAAUUAAUUGCUAACGUAUAAUUGCACCUAAACCAUCUCAAUAAUUUUAACGUAUCACUAUGUAAAUUUCUUUUAGUAUUUAAAUCAAAAUGACUUCACCAGUGGCUUCCUUGCAGGAGAAGACAUUCCUUCUCAAAUUAUAAAUAGAUAAUAUUGACUAAUGUGGUUUAUUAUAAUAUGAUUUAUUGUUUAGAAAUAAUUUAUGUGUCUAGAUUACCAUUUAAUUUUAUUGAUUUCAUUGUAUGUGAAGUGCUGAUCGUUAAAUAAAUCUUUAAAUAUA